AUGCUGCGUUGCAUGCGUCGCACGCGGGAGCGCGACCCGCAGCCGCCCCAUGCCACCUACAUCAAGGCGCCGAUGCGGCGCGCCAUGGCCUUUGAGCAGCUGGACGACGUUGACCACGCCCUGCAGGCUGACCUGGAGCAGCCCAUCCUGGCGGAGCGCCAGGAGAAGCUCAAGGACGAGAUGCUGGGCAAGCUCAAGGACCUGGGCAACACCAUCCUCGGGAAGUUCGGCCUCAACCUGGACAACUUCAAGGCGGAGCGGGACGUAGCCACGGGCGGCUAUAGCAGCACGCUCUCGCAGUGA